AAUGCAUCAGUUCACCCGACGAAAUACCUGAUUCACGUUUUCUCUCUGUUUUCUCCCUACCUCUCAACCAUAGUGCGAACUAGAAGAGAGAGAGGACUUCUCCGGCUUGGGACGCCAAAAAAUGUCUCCCCCAUCUGUCUGAUCUCCAUCCCAAUUCCCUUCCAAAACCACCGAUCGGACGGCCGGCGAUGGAGGGCAGCAUCAUGGACUCUCUGGGCGUGGAGAUCAUCGGCGUGAUGUCCCCCGUCUCCAUCUGCAUGCUCCUCGUCGUCCUCAUCGUCUCUUUCCUCUCUCCCCCUCCGUCCGCCGCCGUUGCGCCUCCCGUCACCGCCGCCACCCUCGUUUACCUGGAGUCCCCCUCCGACUCCCCCGCCCAGAAGCUCGAGGGCGCCCUCCUCAAUGCCGCCGUCUUCGUUGCCCUCGUCGCCGCCGUCACCUUCCUCCUCGUCGUCCUCUACUACUACAACUUUACCGGCUUCCUCAAGAACUACAUGCGCUUCUCUGCCUUCUUCGUCCUGGCCUCCAUGGGCGGUCCCAUCCUCCUUUCCCUCCUCCGCCGCCUCGCCCUCCCCGUCGACGCCCCCACCUGCCUCCUCCUCCUCUUCAACUUCGCCGCCGUCGGCGUCCUCGCCGUCUUCUCCCCUGCUGUCCCCAUCCUCCUCCGCCAGGCCUACACCGUCUCCCUCGGCGUCAUCGUCGCCGCCUGGCUUACCAAGCUCCCCGAGUGGACCACCUGGUCCCUCCUCAUCGCCCUCGCCCUCUACGACGCCGUCGCCGUCCUCUCCCCCCGCGGCCCCCUCCGCAUCCUCGUGGACCUUGCCUCCUCCCGCGACGACGACCUCCCCGCCCUCGUCUAUGAGGCCCGCCCCACCGUCGCCCCCUCCUCCUCCUCCUCCUCUUCCUGUCGCCCAUCCCCUCCCGCUUCCGCCACUGCGUCCUUUGGCUCUGUCGAGCUCCAGCCAAUCGAUCCCCCUCCUGCCGAUCACCGCCCAGUUCUCAGCGCCCCGGACUCCAAUUCAGAUCAUGCCGUCAUUGAAAUUGAGAAUCUUGAUGAGGAGAGGUCCCCUUUGAUGCCAUCCACUGGAUCAUCUACUGGAGGCGAUGAGCCGCAGCAGCGGCCGCAGAGUGCUGCCAGGACCGGGAUGAGGACUCGUUCUUCUUCCCCUUCUCCGUCUUCUCCUUCAUCGGAUAUUGAGAUGUUUGAGACGACGAGGGGCAUCAGGCUCGGCCUCGGCGACUUUGUCUUCUACAGUGUUCUUGUGGGCAGGGCGGCGAUGUAUGAUCUGAUGACUGUGUAUGCUUGUUAUCUGGCGAUUAUUUCAGGGCUUGGAUGCACCCUCAUCUUGCUGUCGGUUUGCCGGCAGGCACUGCCUGCUCUGCCGAUCUCAAUCACACUGGGUGUGGCGUUCUACUUCUUGACUCGGUUGCUGAUGGAGCCGUUUGUGGUCGGGUCAUCGGCCAGCUUGGUGAUGUUCUGACUGACUAUUUUUUACUGUUGUUUUUCUUCUAAUGGUAUACAAAAAGUGAAAGAUGAAUCCUAUUGUUUUGCGCAAUUGAUGUUUCAUAGAGUCACAGAUUCUAAUGCUCUGUGGAUGCUGAUGUUUUGCGCAAUUGAUGUUUCUAAUGCUCUGUGGCUGCUGAUUUCUUUUGUGUGAUACCAUUUAUAUAUCAGAAA